AUAGUCAAGUCAAACUUGCAUUUCUUUGGAGAAUAAGUCUGGACAUGAUUCACAUUUCAAGAACACCAGAAUUCUCCUAUUGUGAAAAUAUGAAUUCCGUCUCAGUUCACACAUCCCCUGACCACGACUUGGAACGUGUCGUAGGAGGCAGAAGCAGGCAAAGAUCUCACUCCUAUUACAGCCUAGAAGACAGUAAGAACUAUGGCACACAGCCACAGACAGACCAAUCUUCUCUUAGACCUCGUUCCAGGUCCUUUUACAGUUAUGAUACUUCAGAGCUUUUCUCCAACUCGAAACAAGCAAGCUUGGUAUCACAGCAUCAAGUGCCAAGAGUCACUGCCAAGAAAUCAAAGUCUAAACCGCACAGACUUUCAGCCUCUAGAGAACUUAAUGGCAGUAAAGGCAAUCUUAAAUCAGUGUCCAUGAUGACCAUCUCAGAGUCAGACAACUGGGAGAUUAGCUCCAACCCUGGAAUGAAGUACGGACAGUUUGUAGACUGGGAGAAGAUCGACCCUGAAGCUGCAGAAAGAUACCAGCACAUCGUGGAGAGUGAGCACCGGCAGCUGAAAGCCAUGGGCCGGGAAGGAUUCUGGGCAACACCGCAUACACUGAGGGCCAAAGCUUACUAUCACAUCAUUCACAGCAUCAAUUUUAGCAAGUCUGUCACUUCAGACAGAGAUGUCUACUAUGAAUUGUCAAAGAAGCUCUUUGGAGAACAGAAAAUGAGCAACCACCCUGUCCCAGAGUACAUGGAGGCAGAGGAAAUACCAAGAUAUUGUCUCAACAAAGCAGGGCUAAACUCUGUUAAAAAGAUCAUUCUUUGUCUUGGCGAACACUUCCCCGACAUGAACUUUUGCCCCAUUCUGCCAGCCUUGGUCUCCCUCAUCCUCCACUUCAGCCAGGAUGAGGCCGAGUGUUUCUACAGCGUUUCAAAACUCAUCUGUUACCAUGACCCCAACAAGCGCUACAUUGACCAGACCUUCCUCACCUACCGCGCUUCCUGUAUGACUUUUGGAGAUCUUGCUAACAGAUGCUGCAGGGGCAUCCGGAAGCUUAUUGCCAGCUCCCACCAGAACCUCUUUGAGUUUUACUCUGACUGGAUCAUGUGGAUUUUUGCGUACCUUCCAUUCACCUAUGCCAUCAGAGUGUUGGAUGUCUACCUAUUGGAGGGUUACAAGGUCCUCUACAGGGUGGCACUGGCUUUGCUCAGCCUCUACAAAGUGUCAGUGUCAUCACGAGUGGCGGACGUGGAGGACUUCAGAGCGGACAUGAAAAGUUUCGUGCAGAACAUAGCUCGCCACUGCACAGCAGAGAAGCUCCUGCAGAGGGCGUUCAAGAUCCCAAUGGCUAUACGAAGAGAGCUCAACCUCCUGUUCAAUGCCAACAAGGACUCCCUCAUGCAAAAAGGUGUCAGCAUCCACCAGAGGAGGCAGACUGUCGAGACAGUGGACUUCACAAACUUCAGCUCCAGGGUUGUGACAGGGACUGAGAUGAGAGUUGUUUGGGCGUGGAUACCUGAACGCUUCGCCCUUUUCAGUCCCAUUAGGCUCUUUAGUACUGCUGAACAUGGAAGAAGUCUCGCUUCAUUGUAUUCGCAUGUGGAGGGACAUGAACCAACAGUCUUGAUGAUCAAAUCAACGGAUGAAGAGGUCUUUGGUGCCUUCCUGUCAACAGAUAUGACAGAAAGAAGAAAGUAUGACUCAGGAGAACUUGCAUAUAUUGGAACUGGGGAAUGCUUCGUUUUUACGCUUCGUCCUAACAUGGAGCACUACCAGCAGACUAUGGUCAACAUUAUGACCAGAAGAGCUUUCCCACAGCAGGUUCAUAUCAGGAACGAUGGCUCCUCCCAUGUGUCCAUUAGGGGCAGUUCCCCAGUCACCACCACCACUCUGGCCUGUCCUGCUGGGACUCCACAGGAUCCUAGCUACCUGACGAUCCCCUUCACUGCCCCAACAGAUGAGCCCACAACUGCCAAAGAGCCAAAGAGACACAAGGAGCAACAAGCCAACAAGUUCAUAGCAGGCACUGACAAGCAGCUCAUCAUUGGUGGUGAUGGGGGGCAUGCACUUUGCCUGCAAGAAGACCUAGAGGGAGGAUUCACAGAGAAAUGUGACACAUUUGAGAGCAUCCCACUCUGCAAGGCACAUUUCAAGAUCCAGUCCCUGGAAGUGUGGGGCAUCCAGAACUCUAUUUCUCUCUUUUUCUGAGUAAAAUAGCAAAAGAGCAGCGUUGCUUUUUCUUUCUUACUUUCUUUCUUUUUCUUUUUGAUAAUUUGUGAUGUUGUUUUACUGGACUUGAUUUCUAAAUGCAAAUACAUUAUAUGUAUUGACCUGUUGUGAAAUCUGAGGAUUUACUUUACUUGAUGUCAGCAAAUUCACUUGUGUCGCUAUUACUGCCGAACUUUACAAGCUUACUUGAACAAUAGUUCACAUCCUCAAGGAUUUCUCACAAACAAAAUAAAUAUACAGAACAAAUGCAAAUCUACCAAACAAAACCCUGUAAUCUAUUAUAAAGGAAGAAUGAAUAAUGUUGUCCAGCGUAAUGUACAAUAUUUGCAUUCUGACAAAAACUAUGCUUUUCCUGGAUUUAUGUCGAUGUCUAGCUGUUUUCCUGUGUUUGAUACAAAACUAUGCACCAUUUUACUAUGUGAUGAUUAGAUUAGUUCUCUCAUUGUC